CAGGCACAUUAGCAGGCUCAGUUGAGGGCUGAUUCCCUCUGCUGCGCACACGCUGCCCAAAGGAGAAGCCAUGGCGAAAGGGAUAGGGGUCCGGUCGGCCACCCCCAGGCGAUGGACCUACUCCUUUGCGGCCGUCUCACUGCUAUGCCUGGCUGUCCAAGCAGUCCAGAAGGCCGACCUCACUGGGGACUCUACGGUGGCGACCAUCAACCACUCCCUGUCAUUGCUGCAGCGGCUACAGGAGCUCCUACACAAUGGGAAUGCCAGUGACACCACCUUGCGAGUGCGCACUUCUGGUUCCGAUGAAAUCAAAGUCUUUCACACCCACCAGUUGAUGCUCAGCUUGCAAAGUGAGAUCUUUGAGAGCCUCUUGCACAACCAAACAAUUCUCACCUUGCAUGAGCCUCCGGACAGCGCGGCCCUUUUUGAAAAGUUCAUCAGGUAUCUAUACUGCGGUGAGAUCUCCAUACUCCUCCAUCAAGCCAUUCCGCUUCAUCGACUAGCCAGCAAAUACCGUGUCUCCAGCUUGCAGCGAGGAGUGGCCGAGUACAUGAAAAGCCGCCUGGCCAGUGACUCCAACCAAGGCCAUGUGGUGGGCUGGUACCACUAUGCAGUGAGGAUUGGUGAUGAAGCUCUGCAGGAAAGCUGCCUCCAGUUCCUGGCCUGGAAUCUCUCAGCUGUGAUGGGCAGUGCAGAGUGGUCCUCCGUCAGCAUAGAUUUGCUGCUCCUCUUGCUAGAACGGUCUGACUUGGUUCUGCAGAGUGAGCUGGAGCUCUACACAGCUGUGGAGGAGUGGGUUGCUACCCACAAGCCUGAGGACCCUGUAGUAGAGAAGAUGCUGAGAUCCCUGCGCUAUCCCAUGAUCUCCCCUAGCCACCUCUUCCACUUGCAGAAGCAGUCUCUAGUGAUGGUGAAGCACUACAAUGCCGUCCAAGACCUCCUCUUCCAAGCCUUCCAGUUCCACUCUGCUUCCCCAAUCCACUUUGCCAAAUACUUUGAUGUCAACUGCAGCAUGUUCCUGCCCCGCAACUACCUCUCCACUGCCUGGGGCUCCCCUUGGGUCAUCAACAACCCGGCCCGAGAUGACCGAAGUACCAGUUUCCAGACCCAGUUGGGACCCAGCAACCAUGACUCUGCCAAGCGGGUGACUUGGAAUGUCCUAUUUUCUCCACGCUGGCUCCCUGUCAGCCUGCGUCCUGUUUACUCAGACUCCGUCUCUGGGGCCAUCCAGACCAUCAGGAUUGAAGAUGGCCGCCCCCGCCUGGUGAUCACUCCAGCCACAACGAGCUCUGACUUUGCUGGUGUCAGUUUCCAGAAGACCAUUUUGGUGGGUGUCAGGCAGCAGGGAAAAGUCUUUAUCAAACACGCCUACAGCUUCCACCAGAGCACCGACGAAGUUGCUGAUUUCCUAAUACAUGCCGAUCUGCAGAAGCGCACUUCUGAAUACCUCAUUGACAACUCUCUGCAUCUGCAUAUCAUCGUUAAGCCAGUUUACCAUUCACUCAUCAAGAUCAAAAAGUAGGAGAGCUGUGGGGGGCAAGGGGAACAGCAGAACAAAAUGGGGAGGGGGUGGGAUUAGUGUUUUGUACUGAAGGACAGCAAUGGCUUCACCACACAGUUCCAAAACCAACUGACACUGGUUCUCUCAAUUUGACAUCUGUGUAUACCAGAGCAGUCUCUUUGGAAAAACCUGGGUGUUUUUUUGCACCAAAACAACUUUUUCACUUGCAAAUGUGGUGAUUAUUUUUAAUAGAUGGGGGAUUAGAACUCUUAAGAUCGUGGAGUAUGGUGGAGACUUUUCACUGUUUCUACUUAUGUAUAGCUCCUCACUGUCUUAUUUAAAGGAUUUAGGGCCCUUCCACACAGCCAUAGAACCCAGAAUAUCAGAAAAUCCCACAAUAUCUGCUUUGAACUGGGUUAUCUGAGUCUGCACUGCCAUAUAUUCCAGUUCAAAGUGGAAAAUGUGGGAUUUUAUUCAGCUGUGUAGAAGGGGCCUCAGGAAGGAUGAAGGAACUUCGGUGGUGCCUGAGCUCAAGUUAUUCGCAAAAAAUAACUCAUUAGAAAGACCUUAGUGUCCUUGACAUCUUUAGAAUCUGCUUUAAGCAUUCCGUGUACUGUAGUCCCAUAGGAUUAUCGGAAACUGAUAGAUGUGGGCAAAGAAACAGUGACAAGUUUGAGGAUGCCUGCCAUAGAUGCAGGCGCAAUGUCAGGCGAGAAUGCUUCUAGAACAUGGCCAUACAGCCCAAAAAUCCUACAACAACCCAGUAUGAAAGUUAAUUUUGUAUAAUUACUCCUAUUAGUUGAUACAUCCAGAUCUUUCAGCCUUUUCCAAGACAACUCUAGGACAUUACAUACCAACGGGAGGAAUCUUCAAAGGAAAUAACCUGCAGUACGUGAAUGGAAUAGCUUCUCUUUAUCAGUGAAAUCUGUUUUUUCCUACAAAAAUUUCAAAUGGGCCCAACAGUUCUUAAGUGCUAAAAAUGACAUUACUGCCUUUGGUCUAUGCCCACUCUUGUAUGUUGCCAUGCUGGUUCUGCCAACUUUUGAAAGUUUAAAAAAUGAAAUUAAUGAAAGUUUUUAAAUAUCUGCAGAACCUUUUGAUCAGGGAUAAAAAUAGAGCAAACAGAUGUAGCAUAGGUUAUGCCCAUCAGAUUUAAUAUUAUAAAAAUAUUGUCUUCUUCGAAAGGUUGUCUCUCAACAUUAGAAAUCUUGUAGAUUUUGUUAGUAUUCUAGCUAUACUUCCCAAUGGAUCGACAAAGUCUUUAUAUCAAGGUUAACUUAAUAAGUGGGAGACAAAAAUGAAUCCAGACUCUAUAGCAGUGGUUGCAACCUCAGUUGAGAUUGGAGGAGAGGAUGACCACCAUCUACAUAGUAGGGUUUUUUUUGUAGGGGGCUCCUACCGAGUAGGUAGAAAUAUGGGAUUUGUGCUGUUCCCUGCAAGUACUGUCCUCAGGCUCUUGAACGGAACCUCAGCAAAUACAGAUUUCUGAAUUAAAAACAAGGAAAUACA